AUGGCGAAGAAGAUUUUCAUAUAUUCGAGCGGGGAAGUGAAGAAAAUGUCUCCUAAUUGCAAGCUUUCUGCGUCAUCUUUAGAUGGUGAUGAAGGGACAAUAAUGUUGGGAAAAAGGGGGGGGGGGGGGGGGGGGAUAGUAAGGUUUAUUUCUUUGUUAUUUGGAACUUGGUUCAGAUUUGGCACAAGUAAGAUAGAUGCACUGGGUGGAAAGAAACUUGGUUAG